CGCAACUACAAGACACGAACGAAGAAUUUCUCAAUCAUGGCUUCUCCUGAUCAGCGCGCGCCGGCGCCUCCCGCCGAGGAGUUCAACCAAGACACUGUUGCUCUACACCUUGGCGGUCUCGCAGACCAGGCCAACCUCUUCCAGUCUCAGAACCAGAACCAGGCCACCCUCGGCCGGAUCCUUGCCACGGUCGAAGCUACCAACGAUCGCAUGGGAGCGAUGGAAACUCGCAUGGGAAUAAUGGAAACUCGCAUGGGAACAAUGCAAACUCGCAUGGCUGAUAUGGAGAAGGCCAUCACUGAUCGCAUCAACACCAUGGAGACUGGGAUUAACCGCCGACUCGACAAGCUUGAGAGCUUUGCUAAGAACACCAACGCCCGCGCCAAAAACGCUCGCGCCCGCGAGCUUGGCAUUGACUACACUCAGUGAAUAUUGACAAAGAAAUAGGUAAAGAGCCACGCAACAAAUUGCAACCUGAAUGAGUUAUGUAGGCAGCCACUUCAAUCAGACGGCGCUAUCAGUACCUCACUUUAUGAUUACGAUAGACCAGGGUACGAUACUCACAGGCAGUGUAACUCCUGGCUCUGACGUUAAGUCUCGCAUAGCAUCAAAAAUUGUAUCUUGUCGAUUUCAUCAGCAGUCAGCCAAUUUUGCCCACCCAUAAUUGACUAUUGAGCUUCGCCUUUGCAAAGGCGGUAUGCUCAUUACCCAAUAAGCCAGUCAGCCA